GUUAAUACCUCUUUUCUGAGUCCAGAGUAAACAGCAGAGCACCAGGAUAGCAAUGUCAAUGAUUCUUAAACUGAACAAAAUGAAGUCUCUCUAUAUGCUGAUCUUCAUUUUAAGCAACAAACUUGUGCUUGGACAGCGGAGUCCUCUUAAUGACUACCACCGUUCCAAAGGAGUGCAGCUUCGGUAUGGAUCUAUUCGCAUAGAGGCGGAGCCUAUGUCUGAAGAACAAUGUGCAGGCCGGUGUACCAAUGAGCUUCAGUGCAGGUCUUUUAAUUAUGACCUGCAGAACAAGGAGUGCCAACUUCUGCCCUGGACCAGUCACACUUCAGGCACAGAGCGAAAGAGACACAAUCAUGUUGAUCUGUAUGAAAAGAAAGAUUAUAUGCGAGAAUGCAUUGUGAACAAGGGAGUCUCAUACAGGGGCACUGUCUCCAGGACCAAAAGUGGGAAACCUUGCCAACACUGGAGCUCUAACGUCCCUCAUGAGCACAGGAACUCACCCAGUCAAUUCCCAGAGAAAGGCUUGGAUCAGAAUUACUGCCGCAACCCAGAUAAUGAUCUGGCUGGCCCCUGGUGCUACACUAUGGACUGGAACACUCGACUGGAGGACUGCGGCAUCUCAAGAUGUGACCAGGACGUUUGUGUGAUGUGCAAUGGUGACGAUUAUGCUGGCUUCAUGGAUCACACAGUGAGUGGGCGAGAGUGUCAACGCUGGGACCUCAAUUAUCCUCAUGAACACAAGUACCAGCCAGAGAAGUAUCCUGAAAAGAACUUGGAUGAUAAUUACUGUAGGAAUCCUGAUGGCUCACCCUUACCCUGGUGUUACACCACUGAUCCUGCUGUGGAGCGUGAAUACUGCAACAUACGGAAGUGCAGUGAGAGACACAAGCUGAAAGAUGUGGAGAUCACCAAAAAGUGCUUCAAACAUCAUGGGAUAGGAUACAGAGGGAGAAUGAGCCAUACUACAUCGGGAACCCUCUGCCAGCGUUGGGACGCACAAUUCCCACAUGCACAUGAAUUCACACCAGAAAAUUAUCAAUGCAAAGGGCUGCAGGAGAAUUACUGUCGGAAUCCUGAUGGGUCGGAAGCCCCUUGGUGUUUCACAACAGAUCCCAGAGUCCGGACUGCUUUUUGUCUGCAGAUCAAACGCUGUGAAGAUGAUAUUGAACCUGAAGACUGCUACAAUGGAAAUGGGACAACCUAUCGAGGAGUUGUCAAUAAAACGAGGAAAGGAAUCCCAUGCCAAAUGUGGACCUCAAAUAGUCCUCACACUCCACGAGUCACUCCUCAGACACAUCCCAAUGCUGGUCUUGUGAGAAACUAUUGUCGAAAUCCUGAUGGUGACAGUCAUGGACCUUGGUGUUACACUUUGGACCCCAAAGUGCAGUGGGAUUAUUGUGCAAUCAGCACCUGCAAAGGGCAUGAUAUCCCAGGACAGUGGGAAGACCCAGAUUCAGUUGAAUUCGACUCAUGUGGUAAACGUGAAGACCGACCAUCUCCAAGAAUGAGUAGGAUUUUGAGAGGUCAACCUGGAAACUCCCCUUGGACCGUCAGUCUUCGCAACAGGGAAGGGAGACAUUUUUGUGGUGGGACUCUUGUAAGCAGGAAUUGGAUCAUCAGCUCAAAGCAAUGUUUUCCCUCCUGUUACACUGAGUUUCGAGGCUAUACUGCUUGGAUGGGAACUAUGCUGAAAAAUCCCAAGCCUGGUGACCCAGACAAACAAGCAAUCUCCAUACAGAGGGCUGUCUGUGGACCAAAGGGAUCCAAUUUGAUCAUGUUGGAGUUAGAAAGACCUGCUGUCUUAAACAGCCGAGUUGCUGUGAUCUGUCUACCCCCUCAACGGUACAUCAUUCCUGAAGGGACCAACUGUGAGAUAGCAGGAUGGGGCGAGACUCAAGGCACAGGCAAUGAGGAUGUUCUGAAUAUCUUGGCAAUGCCAGUAAUCAAUAACAAGGAAUGCAAUAAGUACUACAGAGGCCGUGUGGCUGAGACAGAGAUCUGUGCUAGAACUGGUUUACGGGGAGCUGGAGCUUGUGAGCGUGAUUACGGUGGGCCCCUCUCCUGCUUCACCCAUGACUGCUGGGUACUUGAAGGAGUCAUUAUUCCAGGCCGUGGGUGUGGUCGGCCAAAUCAUCCUGGGAUCUUUAUCAGAGUCUCAACGUAUGUAAACUGGAUAAAAAAAGUCAUGGAUUUAUGAGGCUCGACUCAAUGAACACAUCGUCUCCACUACCCAGCACUCUUUCAAUGCAUUGUUAAUAACAAUAAUCAGCUUUAACCAUUUUGCAGUUUAAAACUAAAGUGUAGUUUGAUAUUCAAACCUCACAUUUGGGAGAACUUGCUAUUCAAUAGAGCAAUGGAUCAAUUAUGUUGGAGGAUGUAUUAUUGAGUGAAGUAAUGGAUCAAUGAAUUUGUGUGUGAUGCUUGUUUAAUUAAGUUGCAGAUUUUCAGUAUUUACUGCUUUGCAAGUACUAAUAAAGAUGUUAAAAAAGCCAAGUAGGUUUAAGUAACAGAAUCAUUACUGCAUAACAGAAGGCCAUUCAGACCAUCAUAUUAAUACCAGGGUUUUUGUCAGAGCAGUUGCAAUUUGUCUCAUUCACUAGUCCUUUCCUUGCCCUCCAUUUUUUUUAAACCCUUAAAAGUACUUAUUCAUUUCUUUGUGAAAGCUAUGAUUGAAUCUGCCUCCACAUCCUUUCAGGCAGUCAUUCUAGACACAACAACUUGCUUCAUCAAAAAGGGCAUGAGGAAAAACAUAUUUUUAACCAAUCAAUUUAAAUCUGUGCUGUUAAAUCUAUCAAACUACAUCUUAAUCUUCUUUAGUCUAUAUAGAACAUCAAGCUUCUCCAGUCCAUCAUAUCCAAAUAAUUCCACUAAAUCCUUUCUGCACCUUUUUUUUGAUAUCUUCACAUUUUAAUGUAUGCUGCACAAUCAAUCAACACAAUAUUCCUCAUGGCCAAAAUGGUUCUAUAGUUUUUCCAACACAACUGCCUUGUUUUUGUUCUCUAUUUAAAAAGCCCAUAAUUCCGCAUGCUUUUUUACUGACUGCUUUCUCAACACGUACUGAAAACUUCAUUGUUUUAUGCAUGUCUUAUUUCUUUAAUAAUACCAAAGGGCACAACGUUAUUGCCAUAUUCUAGUUAUAUCUGGGAUUGCUGGUGACAGGUGUGCUGUUAAACCACUCCCCCACCCCCCCAAGCUAUUUUGGUACACAUCAUGAUUUGAAAUUGUUGGCAUUUAAUCCUUUGUUGUUACAAUUUAACCUGAGUGUCUCUUAGUAUGUACCCACAUGGAAAAUAAAGAGUCAAGUAUGUUCCCUGGGAAUAAUGUACCUUAUUUUGUUUGUUGCAUUUAAAGUUUAGUUGCUGAGCAUCUUUGAAACAUUCUCAAAUAAUCUUAUUAAACCUAUUACAGAUGAUGUAAUUAUAACUACAAAAUGAUGAUUUAAGUAUACUUUUUAUUUGCACAAACUAUAACCACUAACACACAUUCAAAAAUACUCAAUCAUUCCAAUUUUCAGUGACUUGGACGGCCUGGACCAUAAUCUGCUUUGUACAACUAUAUUGAUUGGGACAGCUGAAUAAACAUUGGAUUGCACCAUG